AUGAAAACAUCAUUACGGUCCGAUACAACUAUUGAUCUUUUAAUAUCGAGUGAAGUACCUAAAAUAUCUGAAUGUCACUCUUUGGCUUAUACUAUCUGUGCUAAUCUACCAGUAUUUACUAAUUUGCUUGGUCUUAAUACAUCAGCUGAGAAUCACGACGUACCUCAAACUUAUUGGAGAGUACUCUCUUCUAUUCUUAUUGCUCUACAUGAUCAAUUACAAACUGAUCAAGAAAUCUUAAUGAACAAAUCCAACAAUACAUUUAAUUGA